AUGUCAUCGGCUUUAACGUUAGACAUGGAAAACCCGCAUCAAUACACAAUGAUGGACGGUGAAACAGGAAACAUCUCCAUCGACCAGGGGGGAGAGUGGGACAUAAGCCUGUUCGAUGAGUUGGACAACCUCGGAGAUGCAGAUGAGCUGCUUGAAGCCUUACAGAAUGCUUAUUAUGCCAAUGAGGGUCCAGAUUUAAACUUUGAUAUUGAUAUCGCUCCAUGGAGUGAUGUGGACACGAGCAGCACCUGCACAGAUGGUGAGGUGAGUGUGGACUCUCUGUCACCUGCCCACACUCUGAGCUCUGUCCCAUCUCCUGCCUCAGUGGAACCUCUUUCUCCUUAUUCUUUACACGAUGAAGCUCUGUUACUACAGUCGCAGACUUCCCCUUUGUCGGUCUGCUCCGAGUCCAGUGGCUUUUCUGAGAUAUCUUCACCAUCUAAGAUAGCUCCAAAGAGGACCAGCCAGAACACACGAGCCAAACCAUCUCAGCCUGUAAAGAGGCCCAUCCAUGUCGGACCCAAAGUUUUAAUCCAGCCCAAACCGCUGAUCACAGCUGUGCCACUGGCACCUCCAACGGCUUCUCUGCAGGCCAAGACCUUCAUCAUCCAGCCCCUGCAGACCACUGUGCUGCCUGUGGUCAAACCGGCUCCUGUGAACAUUCAGCCAGCGCCCCCACCAGGUCGUCCUAUAGUGCUGUCUCAGCCAAGUCAAGUGCUGCAGAUUCAGACGCCCCACGCCAUCAAGAACAAUGUGGUCACCCUACCAACACUGAGUCAGGACAGGCCUGUCCCUGUUUCUGUCCCUGUCGCUGCCCCACCAGUGAUGUCUGUCACACUACGAACACCAUCAUCGGAUGAUGACUCCAAGUUAUCCCAGAGACAGCAGCGCAUGAUUAAGAACCGCGAGUCAGCAUCCUUGUCUCGGAAGAAGAAGAAAGAAUAUCUGCUGUCACUGGAAACUCGCCUGAAAGCGGCGUUGUCUGAGAACGAGGCACUCAAGUGUGAGAAUGGGAACCUCAAAAGACAGCUGGAGGGUAUCCUGGGUGAGAACACAGUGCUGAAGGCAACAGCCCCCAAGAGAAGAGCUGUUUGUCUCAUGGCAGUUUUGGUCUUCAUCGUGCUUAACGUUGGACCAACAAGUUUGUUUCAGGGUGGUCCGGGCUCCAAGCAUGUUCUCCCUGUGCCGCACAGCGGCAGACACCUGCUGGGCUUCUCCUCGGAGGCAGGAACUCAGGUUGAGUUGGCCCCCGAAUCCCUCGGCGAUAGCCCCUCAGAAAUGGCAGACAGCUCUGAGGAUAAGGCACUGAUGGUGGUGAAGGACCCUGUCUUUCUCAGACCCCCUCCACCCUGUCGGCAUCACAUUAACAGGACCAAGUGCAUGGAGUUGGUGCACGAGUUGAGAGGUUGGGUCCACCGCCAUGAAGUACAACAGACCAAAAUCCGUCGCACCAGCAAUCACAAGCCCAGCAGGACCAUUUUGAAAACGGAGAACAAGGAGGACGCCCAGAUUCUGACUGUCCAGUACACAGAAACAUCUCAGGAAAAGAACCCCGGCAACGAACUCCAGGUGUACUACGCACCUCACCAAGCCUACAGUGACUUCUUCGAUGAGCUCAACAGACGUGGUGACACUUUCUACGUGGUGUCUUUCCGUACGGACCAUCUCCUGCUCCCAGCCACCAAUCACAAUAAAGGAAGUCCACCCAAGAUGUCUGUGGUUUUACCAGCCAUGAACAUCAAUGACAGCGUCAUCCGGGACAAAGAUUUCCGGGUGAUGAUGCAAAUCGACUGUGAAGUAACCAACACCAGGAUCCUACACAUCAGGUCUUCCUCCAUCCCACCUGUACUCCGCGUCAACCACACAGACACAUUUUACCAGCACUCCACUGCCAACAACCAGGCCACGCCCCCUGUGGGUGUCCUGAUGGGAUCUGCCUAAAACCACCAUUCCAAUCACAAAGACAAACAGAUCUCAGUUCAACAUUAUAUCCUUGUGGUUUUUACCAACGUGGAUGUGCUCUUAUUGACUCUCUGUGAGUAAGAUGCAGAAGAUUGUUAUCUGUACUGAUCCUUAAAUGUCAGAACACACACUUAGCUCGAAGGUGUUCUGCAGCACUGAAACAGUGUCUGUGUUGGUCUGAUAUCCAGACAGAGCCUGGAUAUCAGACCAACACAGAUGCUGCUUCCAUGUGCGGUGAAACUGACUUCUCCCUGUGACCCAAGAUGUCCCACAUAAGGAUUAUUGCUCAACUGCAGAGGGGCCGAGCAUUAAACCCUGCAUCACCCCCCUCCCACCCCCCAUAACAGAUACAAAGUCUGCUCCAAAGACAGAAUUUUUAAUACAGGUUUAAAAAUUUUUUAUAUACAUCAAGGAUAAAGUUACAGAAAACCUGUUAUUGAUGUUUAAAAAACACAACAAGUUUAUUUUCUUUCCUCAGGCAAAAAUGUUGUUACUCAGUUUUGAUCUAUAGGAUCAUUAAAUAUCAAUAAAUAAAAUUAAAUAUUUAUAAUAUCUAGUAGGAGAGACAAACAGGUAAACCACUACUGUGAGUCAAGUUAUGACGAAGACAUACUUUUUCAUUUCCUCUUUGCACUCUCCUUCACACAAAUGUAUAAAAAAAAAAAUCAGGUGUCAUAUAUUUCUUUUAUAAUGAAAACUUAAACUGUGCUGUCAUGCUUUUUGCUGUUAAGGUAAGUUGUUUUCUUCUUUUAUUUCUGAUUGUACAUGGGGAUUUUUUCUAAUUACAGGAAACUAUAAAAAAAACAUUAAAAAGAUUGAAGGUGGGGGAAAAAAUUAACAUUAAAUGUUGAACUCAGAGGGACUUGAUGAGUGUUAUCCUGGAAAAAACAAGAGCCUGCAUAUGUUAUAAAGAAAUACUUUGGCAAAGUUUAGUCCAGAAUUAUCCAUCCAAGGACGCUUGCACUUUAAAAAGGUGCCUGAAAGGUUGGUAUGUGUGAAAGUCAAAUUAGUUGUAAAACGUCUGCACUGUAACUGGCAGAACAGCAUUUGAUCCCUAGUACUUUGUGUGUGUUUAUACUUUUUGGAUGUUUGAUAUGAGAUAAAACGGUAUUUGCUUGUUUACUUAUUGAUGUCAGUUGACCCACUUGCUCUACUCUUGUGAAUGUCAGUGUGUUUUUAUCCCCAGCUGCACAGGUGUAGAGAUGGUUGUUCUUGCUCAACAGAUGCCUAUAAAAGAACACAUGGCAUCGACUGAGUUCAGGCCAGAACCUUUUACCUGUCAUAUUUUCUCUCACACUUUGGCUUCAAAACAAUAUUAAUCUUUGUUUCCACUGCACCCAAUGGUCCAUGAAGUGAAGGCUGAUCGUUUCAAACAUGUGGUUUUGUACUGUGUAAUGUAAACACUGGACUUUCUGUGUGUGUGUGUGUGUGUGUCUCAUGUCGUCAUAUUAACUGCUGUUGUUUCAAAACCUCACAAAACCAAAAAAAAUAUUUCAAAAAUUAUAAUAGUUAUAUAAAUUGUUGACAAAAAUGCAAUGUGUAUUAACUUCAGGUUUAUAUAAUUUACAAAUUCAUGAAAUUUAAACUGGGCUUUAAUGACAUUCUGAGUCAAAUAAUGUUUUAAUAAACACUUAUUUUUAUUAUUAAUAAUAACAUUUAGUUGGGGACUACAUAUGUUUUGUUUUUGCAGCAAAAACCUCAAAUUAAAAAAAAUAAAUAAAUAAAGGAACAAUUUCUUUCUAUCCAAGCUUUAUUGCAGUCUCCUCGAGGCAGGCUGACAUGAAGAACCUAAGUGCAAUAACAAGACGGUGCGACAGGAGUUGUGUGAUGGAACCAAAUAUUUAAGCAGAACACGUCAAUUCUUUCAGUGAAGGUAGGAAUGUGUUUGAAGAUAAAAACUGUUCAUUUUCUGUGACUCGACAUGAAUGAAGCCAAUACAUACAUUUAUUCAUCUCUUGCUUUUUGUACAGUAUUGCAGUAUAUACAGCAGCACUUGAUAUGUUGACUGAAUAAUCAGGCUUAUUUUUUUUAUUUAGUCUUUAACAUUUAGCGUAUAUAAAAAAUAACAUAGCCAUCUGUCUUUAAGCACGGAAAGUAGACCAGUCGUGCUGAACCAAUGCUAAUGGAAGCCUAAAGGAAAAUGUUAAAGAUACAGUAUGCAAAAAAACUAAAAAAAAAAAAAACAA